UGUCUCAUCGGGUUUCAGUCCUCGUCACCUACACGACAGCUGACAAGACAACUUGUAGUUGAAAAACUGAAUUAAUUACCGUACAGAAGAAGAGUUAAUGUUUGGGGUUACGAAUGUAGAAGCAGUCCCUUAUUUGAAUUGAAAGUGCGUUUAUGAUGUAGUGCCGACAUUGGAUUUUUAAUUUUGAUAUCCAAGGCCAAACACGACGAAGAAGCCAUCCCUCUUUUAUCGUUUCAUGGAUAGGGGCUCAGCAGUCUUAUUGUUAGCUAGACCAGCAAAAGAAGUGUGGUAUACAGCUUACUCUUAAAAUAUCAUUGCAAUGUGCAAUUAAUCAGCCUAUGCACAACAUUGACUAUACCGAACCAAUACUGUGUGCAUUAAAAUCAUUCUUGAAAGCAUUUCAAGUCAGUGAGCACUGACUGCACUUAUAAUUCAAGCAAUAUGGAAGAGGGAAUGAUGCAAGUUGCAGCUGAUGAGGAUUUCGAGAAGCUUUGGCAAAUGGUCGCAGAUAACUCUUGGAAGCUAGAAUAUCAGCAUGAAGACAUUAAUGUAUGGAGCAAACAUUCAAGCAGCACAGAUUUAAAAAUGAUAAAAGUGAAAACAACUUUUACUGAUGUUGAUAUGUGGCUUUUAUUUGACCUCCUCAUGGAUGGGGAGUAUCGUUCACUCUGGGAUACUGCUAUGGUUGAGUCUUAUACUUUGGGUUUCUUAAAUCCCAACAAUGAUGUUGGUUAUUAUGCCAUGUCGUGCCCGCCGCCGAUUCAGAACCGCGAUUUCGUCCUUCAACGUUCGUGGUUAGCCACUCCCAAGAAAAUUUCUAUCCUAAAUCAUUCCAUUACGCACAAAGACCUUCCCCCCAAAAAAUAUUUCGUCAGAGGAAUAUCCUACAUAACAGGCUACGUAAUUGAACCUUUACCGGGGAAAUCCAAGGGCCUGACACUCGCAUAUGUGUCUGCAACUGAUCCCAGAGGAGCAAUUCCCACUUGGGCCGUCAAUAAAGGCACUCAAUAUUUUGCACCAAAGAUGAUGAAAACGUUGCACAAAGCAUGUCGGGGAUAUUUAGAAUGGAAACAGCUACAUAGUCCGGGUUUUAAGCCAUGGCUGUAUCCUGAACAGAUGGACUAUCCAAAACUACUAGUCGACCAAAACACCACUGUAAAUGGUGCUAACAAGAUUAUGUUGAACGACAAAGGGAACAAUCGAGACAGCAAAGAAAUGGCGUCAAUUUAAGUUAAGCAUUUCCCAAUAUCGCGCACAAGUAUGCUAGUUUUAAUUUAAUUUUGGUCCUAUCUCAAAGUUCCGUAUUUGCAUGCAUUGAUUAAUUUUAUAUGCAAAGAGCAGCAAUUGUGAACUACAUUUUAAUAUAACAGCCCACAGUUAUAUUGAUGAUGCAAAACUAAUCAAGUAACAACUGCAUUCCAAAUAUUUCUAAAAGAAUGUAGAUGAGGGGAAAAUACUUGCAACAAAUAGACAUUUGAAUUUGGGAAAA